UCAGUUCCAAGCGAGACACAUUCCGAGGACUUGGCAACGCCUGUCAAGAGACUUCGCUUUUGUGUUCUCAAACUUCUUGGGCAUUGAAAGUCUAAUACCAGGCAUCAUCGCAUAGGAAGUUGACCUUUCUAGCAACCAAGAUGUUGAAUGUGUGUACCCUGUGCAUCUCCUUGUGGUACCUUUUCGGCCUAUUGCAGCCGCUUCAGGCCAUUGCUAUACCCCGCUAUGCGACUCUGGUUAGCCAGCAGGCUGCGAAUACGUCGUACGACUUCAUUAUAGCAGGUGCAGGACCCUCAGGCUUGACAGUUGCAGAUAGGCUCACAGAGGACCCCUCCGUGUCUGUGUUAGUGAUUGAGGCUGGUCCAUUCGAUCAGGGAGAAGACAAUGUCUUGAUCCCUGGGGAUUUCCCGCCGUUCCAAUACUUCUGGCCUGGAUUAAACAGUGAACCACAGACUGGGUUGAAUAACAUCUCGUAUUCGUCAAUAUGUGGUCGUGUGGUCGGCGGUGGGUCUGCUGUUAAUGCGAUGGUAUACCUUCGAGGCGGUACAGAUGACUUCAGUAAUUGGGAGUCUCUGGGCAGUGAAGGCUGGGGAUGGGAUGGAAUGAUUUCUUAUUUCAAAAAGAGCGAGAAUUUCACGGUUCCUGACGCAGCUUAUGCGGCCGAGGCAAACAUUUCCUAUAUCGACGAAGUCCACGGCCAUGCAGGACCUGUCCAGGGAAGCUAUCCACCAUAUUUCUUCCCGGGUAGUGGCAAAUGGUGGCAAGCUGCCUUGGAUUCAGGAAUCAAGGAAUCCUCGGACCCGAAUGGUGGUGACAACACCGGCAUAUUCUUCUUUCCUACCCUCCUGGACCCAGUUAACGGAACUAGAAGUUACGCACGUAUUAAUCAUUUUGAAAGAGUCAAGGAAUCGCGGCCUAACUACCACAUUCUUGCAGAGCACACAGUAGGUAAGGUGUUGUUCAGCGGAACGAGGGCUGUUGGUGUCGAGUAUCUGCCUAGCGCAGGAGGCAGCAUUUCGCAAGUUUCAGCAGCGAAGGAAGUCUUAUUAGCAGCAGGAGGGGUGCACACACCGCAAAUUCUUCAGUUGUCCGGCAUUGGAUCCAGCAAUGUCCUUGAGUCACUGGGUAUCUCAACAGUGUCAAAUCUUCCUGGAGUUGGUCAAAACUUCCAGGAUCACGCAACUCUGACCAUAUCAUAUAACUUCACGGACAACGUGACGCCUAAUCAAGGAUCGCUCGACACCGAUGCCAUAUACCGUGCAGAGCAACUCGAGCUAUAUGAAGAGAAGCAUAAGGGUGCUUUCACUAUCGUCCAUCCUUUGAGCACUAACAUUGCGUCUAUUUCGCUGUGCAAUGCGACCAGUAAUUGUCAGACUAUAAUCGAUGGGCUGGCCAAUCAAGAUGCUGAACAAUAUUUACCAGCGGGUACUGACCUGACAGUCCUCAAAGGGUAUGAGAGGCAGCGUGAACUUUCCCUAGAGAGCUUGCAAAGAUUUUCUUCGCCCAUUGGACAGAUACACUGGAGUACAACAACCACCGCGACGCUAUACUUCGUCAAGCCAUUCAGUCGUGGCACUAUCAACAUUAACAACACAGACCCUCUUGCUAAUCCUGUCAUUGACUGGCGCUCGAUGACGAAUCCCUCUGACUUGGAUCUCGUUCUAGCUCUUUUCCGCAAACAUCGCGACAUCUUCUCUCAACCUUCCAUGCAAGCCUUAGGGCCAAUUGAACUUGCUCCUUUCGGCGAUGAAUUGCAGACCGAUGAGGAACUCAAGGCAGCUCUCCGUGGAUCGAUCAACCCCAGUAAUGCACACCAGUGCUGCACAGCAGCUAUGCUGCCGCAACAGCUAGGAGGUGUAGUCGAUGAUCGCCUCAAAGUAUAUGGAGUCCAGGGGCUACGGGUUAUUGAUAUUAGCAUAUGGCCAAUGAUCACUUCUGCCGCGCCCACAGCCACUAUGUAUGGCCAGGGUGAGAAGAUAGCAGAUAUCAUAAAGGCACAGUACUCGAUUGUUUAACAGCAUUGCCAAGACACACGACCACGCGCAAAUAACCAUGAAUACAUGGUUGGAUGUUACCGACUUCUUCUUCUUCUCAGUUUCAAGGUCAUUACCGCUGAGCUCUCCGGCAACGACAUAGAAUAAGAGUUGAAUCGAAUGGACGUGGUAAAAUAAAUUUAGUCGUUAAGUGCGAAUUUAGUUUGUAUAAAGUCCAACAGUCGUCUUGAUCAGACCAUGAACUAAGACAGCCGAUAAGUCGCAAUCGGAAAGGGGGCUGCUUAGAGAAAUAGGGCACUCAGAACCACAGUCUAGGAAGCUACUUCAAUUCAUAUACUCCAAUUGCUUUGAGAUAUUGUAGAGCAC